AUGGCGCAGAAUCACCUACGGUUCUCGCAGCAGGAGCAAUGCUCGCCGUUCACCCUUGACAUCUUUGCAUCUCCCGCUUCGAUCACGAUGUCGAGCCCUGGGCGGCCGGCAGACGCCAGCGUACUUCCCUUCACCCAAUAUGCAUCAUCCCUAUCUGCCCAGGGCCGACACAGCUUUUCGCAAAACCAGGGGCUGGAUCCCAUCAACCAGUUCAUGUACGACCGAGGGCCGUGGAAUCCCAUCCAGCUGACCGCACCGAGUCCAUCCGUUGGGGUACAGUUCAACCAGGGGCUUCCGAGCUUCACCGGCCACCGAAGCGUUCCGCCUUCGGAGGCCGACACUGUCAGCCAGAGCAUUGGAGGGAUUUUGACAGACUCUGGGUAUGGGAGCAACGCCAGGCAGAGCGUGGGCAAUCCGUCCGUCUAUGGUGAAUUGGAUCCGAUCGUUAUUGCCCGCCUUCAGGCCAUGGGCCAAGACGAUGUUUCAUUGAAAGGGGAUGCUCAAAAGCGGGAAGCCCGCGGCCCAAGGCCGGUACCGGGUACGUCAAACGGCAAGAGCCUCAUUUGUCCAGAUUGCGAAGAGCCUGUCAAGACACCCUCGGAACUGAACAACCCGUCCUGGGCCACACCGAUACUGACGCGCAUGUUCUGCAGGAUUCCGUCACCACACCUUGCAAGCCGUGGGCCACCAGAAACCGCCGUUUCAGAAGCACCCAUGGUCCCGAGCCCCGAUUCAACCUCACAAUUAUCGUGGGGGGAGAUGGAUCAGGGCCACGUCGCGCCUGCCAGCCUCAUCAAUGGACACCCCGGGCUGGCCCAAGCAAACAACAUGGCCCCAUAUUCUAGGCCCCUUUCUUUACAGGAAAUAGCCGGCGCCUCCUCGAGCGCCGUUGAACCCCAUUACUCAAGCCGGGAUUCUGCGGGGCCUGAUCAGCUAACCUAUGUUUCUCCUUAUGCCCUGAGUCAGAGCCGGUUCUUUGGGCAGUUUGAUGCUCAAACAUCAUCACCCGUGGAAGCGGUUCAACUCGAGACGGGCAACACUCGGGGCAUCUUGCAGGAAGACGUUCAGUUAGAGGCAGGGACAGUCGAAUACACUGCGCCGGAUGAAAUGGACGUGGAUAACCCUACCGAGGAGUCCGCCUCCGAGGAUGGCCAACAUGACACCGACUCGGAGGGAGAUGAGCCACCAUGCGGCACAAUAGACCUUGAAACCAACAUUCCCCGAGACACCGGCGCUCAAUACCACGAGGAGGAUGGAGUUCAAAUUAAACUGUCUCCGUCCCAAGUGCAGUUGGGCGCAGACACACCCCGGCCUACUGAGCUUGACGACGACGAGAUGAGCGCUGUCCUUCAGUCAUUAAUCGAGAAGGGCAAGCUCGGCGAGAUGCUGAAGAAACUCGGAUACUCGGCGGCGGAGGAGGAGGCCAAUAUCAAGGAUCAAAAGCCAGUGAUCGCCUCCUCGACGGCGAGCGAGACCAGCCGCAUCAACAAGUGCGAGGAAUGCGAGAAGACUUUUACUCGACCCUCUGAGCUCAGGAAACAUAUGAAGCGCCACGCAAAACCCUACGCUUGCACGUUUGCCAAGUGUUGCAAGAAGUUCGGUAGCAAAAACGACUGGAAACGGCACGAGAACAGCCAACACUUCCAGCUCGAGAUCUGGCGCUGCGCCGAGCAGACGACCGACCGCCCGGAUCAACUAGAAUGCGGCAAGGUUUGCCAUCGCCGGGAAUCCCUCAAGUCCCAUCUCGAAAAAGACCACGGCAUGUACGACCAAGCCAUGCUCGACAAGAAACUUAGCGACUGUCGCUUGGGCCGCAACUUUGAGUCGCGCUUUUGGUGCGGCUUCUGCCAAAAGACGAUCGAGCCGACUGGCAAGGGGGGUCCUGCGCACAGCGAGCGGUUUGACCACAUCGACGACCAUUUUAAUGGCAAGAAUGGCUUACCCAAAGCGGAUAUCAACAAUUGGAAACAUAUCGAUACCGAUCCCCUCGACACGCCGGCUAGUUCGCCGGCCAAGAGUAAACGCGUGGGACUCGCGGCUUCUCGGGCGGGCAAGUCUCGCAAGCGGGUCCAUGGCGGUACCGAUGACAGUCUGCCGAGGGUGAAGCGAUUCAAGGAUGGCAAUGGCAAGGUGUGGUUUUGGCUCUGUUGUUACUGCCGCGAUUACUGGAAGAUGAAAACGACCGACUCAUGCAUGGGCGACGGAUGCAACCAUAUUUUUUGUGACAAGUGCGAGACUUUUAAUGGGGACGAGGACAUGGGCGAGGCGGAUGUCCCAAACCCUGCUCAGAGCGUAGGGAAGGACGGGUUGAUGACUUGA